ACCGCCCGACACGGAAGUUCUCCAUCCCCAUAUCUUUCCUAUUCUACUGAUCGAUCAAAUUAGGGUUAGAGCUUAACAAUUGAUUAAUGGACGAUGGAGUCCCUGCACCAGAAAGUGGAGUCGUGGAUCAGGGACCAGAGGACGAAGAUCUUAAAAGUGACGUGGCCCCCGCAGUGGCAGUGGCCGCUGGUGGUGAAGUGGCCGUGGACGCAUGGGAGGGAACAGCGGAAGCGUCUUCAGGAAGAAGUCGAGCGAAGAAAAAAGCAGCUUCAGGAUCUCUGUUAUGCCGUUAAAGCGGAAUCCGUCUCCGAUUUGCAGGAGAUUUUGUGCUGCAUGGUGCUCUCCGAGUGUGUCUACAAGAGACCUGCUAGUGAGUUGGUCCGGGCGGUAAAUAUAUUCAAGGCCGACUUUGGAGGACAAGUUAUUUCUUUGGAGCGUGUCCAACCCUCAGCAGACCAUGUUCCUCACAGGUAUCUAUUGGCAGAAGCUGGAGAUACAUUAUUUGCUUCAUUUGUUGGAACUAAGCAGUAUAAGGAUGUCAUCGCUGAUGCAAAUAUAUUUCAAGGUGCCAUAUUUCAUGAGGAUAAUGUGGAAGACACUAAUGGGAUAGGAUCCUCUGAGUCAGCUGAGUUUAGCAGUCAGAAGAGCAAUGGGGAGAAUUUUUCAAAACUUGUGGAGCCCAUGCCUAAGCAGACAACACCUAGCCUUAAACCUGCUGCUCACCGGGGAUUUAUGGCUCGUGCUAAAGGGAUACCUGCACUGGAGUUGUAUAGGCUUGCUCAGAAAAAGAAAAGAAAACUUGUUCUCUGUGGACAUUCACUUGGUGGGGCGGUAGCUGCUUUAGCCACACUUGCCAUUUUGCGGGUCUUUGCUGUUUCAUUAAAAGAACAUGAGAAAAUUCAAGUGAAGUGUAUUACAUUCUCCCAGCCUCCUGUAGGAAAUGCGGCUUUAAGAGACUAUGUACAUAGGAAAGGAUGGAAGCACUAUUUCAAAACGUACUGUAUUCCAGAGGAUCUUGUGCCGCGUAUUCUAUCUCCUGCAUAUUUUCAUCAUUACAAUAGCACACAACCUGUCAAAACGCCUUCAGAUGUUGGAACUUCAUUACUGAUGUCAAAACCUGGGGAAAGGUUUGAAAAGCAAAAAUCAGAAAAAACAAAAGACAGUGAAAGCGAAAAGUUGGUUCUGGGUUUGGGGCCUGUGCAGAAUUCUUUUUGGCGGCUUUCAAGACUUGUCCCAGUAGAUAGUGUUAGAAGACACUUGUUUCCUUAUGGAGCAAAGAAAGAUGAUUCUGCUGACAAAUCUGUAACUGUUAAUUCCAGUAUUUCGUCUACAAUUGGCAAUGUAGUUGUUCCCCCUCAAUCUCUUGAAAUACAAGAGGAUUCUGAUGUCAUCUCUCUUCGGCCAUUAUCUGAGCCCGAUGAUGAGGCUAUUGGUGAAGUCAAAACUGGAAAAUCAUUGGGCAAAAGUAGUAAACCUGAUGGGAACAAGAGACCUUGGCAGAAAAUUCCAGCCUUACCUUCAUAUGUUCCUUUUGGUCAGCUCUAUCUAUUGGGGAAUUCAUCAGUGGAAUCACUAUCUAGCGCAGAAUACUCUAAGCUGACAUCAGUCAGAUCUGUGAUUUCUGAAGUGAGGGAAAGAUUUCAAUCACAUUCAAUGAGGUCAUACAGAGCCAGAUUUCUGAGAAUAUAUGAACUCUGCCUGAAUGACAAUGAGACAUCUUUCUUGGGGAUGGAGCAAGUCCAACAAUUUUCCCAUCUGCAGAAAUGGUUAGGUAUUUCUGCUGCUGGUACAGUUCAGCUUGGGCAUAUUGUUGAGACCCCAGUUAUUCAUGCAGCAACUUCAAUAGCUCCCCUGGGAUGGAAUGGUAUUCCAUGUGAUAAGAAUGCAGAUGCUUUGAAAGUAGAUAUUUCUGGUUAUGGAUUACAUUUAUGCACGUUGGUUAAAGCUCGAGUUGAUGGCAAGUGGUGCUCAACCAGAGUGGAAUCUUUUCCUUCACCACCAGCUUAUGCUCAGAGUCAUGGAUUACAGCCAGAGAUACAGAAGAUGAGAGUAUUAGUUGGUCCUCCAUUGAGACAUCCACCAAAGCAUCAGAUGGUGGAGGGGUCAUUAGUGCCCAUUUUUCCUUCCCUUGAUUCUACUUUUGAUGAUCUCAAGUUGAAUCAGAAUGUUUCUGCACUUGAUGAGGGGAAAUUCAUUCGCCCUGAUGGUUUAAAUGAUUUUAUGAUAUUCUGCACAACUGAUUUUUCUACUGUGUCCAAAGAGGUUCAUGUUAGAACCCGUAGAGUACGUCUAAUUGGCCUUGAGGGUGCUGGUAAAACUUCGCUCCUAAAUGCAAUUUUGGAGCAAGGCAGAACUACUAACAAUAGUAGUCCUGAAAAUUUACAUAUAGAGGUUGAUGUUCAAGAAGGUAUUGCUGGUGGAUUGUGGUACUCAGAUUCAGCAGCAGUAAAUUUGCAGAAUUUAAAUGAGGAGGCAUCUGGGUUCAGGAACGAGCUUUGGAAGGGAAUUCGCGAUCUGAGUAAGAAAACAGAUCUCAUUGUUCUUGUACAUAACCUGUCUCACAGGAUACCAAGAUAUAGCCAUCCAGAUUCAUCGCAGCAACAACCUGCCCUUUCACUUCUUUUGGAUGAGGCUAAAUCUCUUGGAAUACCUUGGCUCCUAGCCAUAACAAACAAAUUUUCUGUGAGUGCACACCAGCAAAAGGCGGCUAUAGGUGCUGUUGUGAAAGCGUACCAGGCAUCUCCUGUGUCAUCUUCAAUUAUUAAUACAUGUCCAUAUAUUAUGCCCAGUGCUGCAGGUGCUUCUCACUCUUGGGAAUCUGGUGCCACAGAUUCUGACAAAGCGGCGCUGUCUCGAAAGCUUUCUUUUGCUCCUAUUAAUCUUUCAUGGAGACCUUUCCAGAAGAAAGCUGCCGUUCUGCCUGUAGAGGGUGUAGCUGCUUUUUGUCAGCUCAUUCACCAUGUGCUCCGGAACCAUGAGGAAGCUGCUUUUGAGGAACUGGCACGAGACAGGCUUUUUGUGGAAUUGGCACGUGCACGUGCAUUGGUAGCACAGUCAAACCAAGAUGCUCGUGCUAAGGCAAACUCUCUCACUUCUGCAGCUGUCGGUGCUUCACUUGGCGCUGGUCUGGGCGUUGUGUUGGCUGUUGUGUUGGGUGCAGCAUCUGCAUUGCGGAAGCCAUGAAAUCUUUUCAACUGAAGUUCUUGGGGCCUGUGCAGAUUUUGUAGGUGUAUAGAGUUAGAUUUGUAGAUUGUAUUCUCUUGUUAUUGUUUGUGGAGGUGUAAAGUUAUUUUCGUGAACUUAUUGGCACAUUACAAUAUGGUAAUUUCAUUUAUCAAUUUCUGAUAUUGUAAUCUAAAAUAUUGAUUCUCCGCCCUUCUGAGGUUUCUCACUGCUCUAUACAGAGUAGAAUAUCACUGCCAUUAAGGCUGGAUCCUUGUUUAUAUUGGCC